AUGCUCGAGUUCCCGAUUCUACAAGAGCGAGAGAGGCAGCCGGAGUGCCCACUCGAGUCUUCGUUGCCUUCGGCCCCCUUGGAGCAGGACACGCAGAAGUACGGCAGCAUCAAUCUUCCCCACCCCAUCAAUCUCGCGAAGAACUCCAAGGAGUCCAGCGACUCGGAUUCUGUCAUCAAAGUGACUCCGUUUCGCUUCGUUAUUGUGGCGCUGUUUGCUGCCUUUGGCUUCAUCAACCAAGUGCAGUACGUCGCUUUUGCCUCGAUUAUUCGCGAGACGGAAGCUUAUUUCGGUGUCAAUGCUCUGGAGGUGAAUCUCCUCAGCCUUUUAAUCCCGAUCAUCUACGUAGUGGGUGUCGUGCCCGGCUGUUAUUUGUACAAUAAGGUAGGUCUGCGCUAUGGCAUGAUCAUCGGCGCUGGACUGAAUGCCUUCGGAUCGGUACUGAAGUUCAUUGCUGUCUGGGUCCCCAAGUACGCUUUCCUCGUCGCUGCCCAGCUGUUCGUGGCGGGAGGACAGAUUCUCUUCCUGAGUCUGCCCCCUCUCAUCGCCGGCAUUUGGUUCCCCCCGAAGGAGCGAACGGUAGCUACGGCAUUGGCGUCGUUGAUGGGGUUUGCUGGCAUGGCAGUCGGCAUGUUCUACUCACCGCAUGUUAUUUUUUUGCCCAACCACAACACACGGAAGCAGUGGGCAGCGUCGAUGGGGUUUCACUUUGGCUUUUCCCUGUUGGUGCUGCUUCUCAUGAUCGCUCUUGCCCGUGAGAAACCCAAGUAUCGUCCGUCAUUUACGUCUACCGAACACUACAAGAUGCCGCUGCUCAAGUUCCUGAAGUUUCAGUUUCAGGACUUUAAUUUCGUUCUUCUUACCAUCACUUUCGGUCUGAUUACAGGCUUCCCCACGGCUCUCGUCGCUGUACUGGCUCAGGCCUUAGAACCCUUCGGCAUUAGCGAAGCCAAGUCGGGCAUUCUCGCCUUUUCCGGCAUUCUAAGCGGCUCCGCAAACUGCGCACUUGUUGGCUGCUUUGUGGAUCGAACCCACUACUACAGGUACACAACCCUGGCUCUCGUCGCGGUGUCGGUAGCGCUGUUACUUGUGGUGACUAUUGUAACGAAGACGGCAAGUAACUCGGAUGCGCUCACGAUUUUUCUGUACAUCAUUGUCCCACUUCUCGCGUUUCUGGUGCUGCCAAUUAUACCAGUGGUGAUGGAGCUGGCGGUAGAGCUGGCGUACCCCUGCCCGGAGACCGUCUCAUCUACCAUCACUCUCGCUUCGAUGUGCUUCUUUUCCUUUGUUGGCAUGAUUGUCUUCUUUUUCACUCUUGGCGACACACCAACCGUGGAUAGGAGCUUCAACGUUUUCCUCAUCACAUCUGUCGUGUCCACGCUUAGCGCUGUGCUGCUGUUUUUUGUUAAGGAAAGGCUCCACCGGAAGGCCCAGGACGAUGGCCUUUGA